AUGCAAACAUUUGUUUCAGUAGCUUGGAGUGCAUGGGGAAUUUUUAUAUCUGAAAGGAAGCCCAGCUGGAAGUAUCUGAUGCAACUUUUUGCAGUUUGUUCUGCAGUUGCCUUCCUCUCAAGCUUUCUCUUAUUCCUUGGCAUACACUUCUCCCUGGCACACCAUCCUUUGAGUCUCUUACUGAUUUCUGGCUUCAUCUGGAUCUCUCUUUCUAUCGCCCUCUGCUGUUCCAAGCACCUGCGCUGUUUUUGUGUCCUGUUUCUUCUUUCUUUCGGGCUGCAAAAUGGGAAUGCUCUUAUUACUGCUGGCACAGGUGUCGUGGUGGCUGGCAACAUCCAAAAUAUUUUCCACAACCUAAAGGUGCUGGCAGACAGUAUAACUUGUCAUUUAGAGUAUGAGCAAUUUGACUUGAUUAAACAUUACAUUGAGGUAGUAAAAUGGAUUUACAAGGUAGUCAAGCUUUCCACUGAACUACCUAAAGAUUUUGUGUGGCUAAAGCAUGAAUUUACACCAUCUUAUUCUAUUUCAGAUCAUGCACUGAAACAAGAGCUAAAUGACACAAAGCAAGAAAUCCAGAGAGUUGCUAACCAGAUAUCUUUUAUGCUGACUAUACUGCCCUAUGUUGGCCAAAAAGUAUUGCCUAUAGUGGGGAUUUUUCUAGCUUCUUUCGGAACUGGCCACUUUAUAAAAAAAUUUGGGGGCUCUCACAGUGCCAAAUUUAAGAAUACUUAUAUCACAAAAAAAUUCAUCGCAUUUGAUGAGGACCAAAAGCAACAGCAGAGACCGUGUCUUCUUCCACUUAACAGAAAAGAAAGAAAAGAAUAUGUGACAAUCCCAUCUUUCUUCCUCACAAAGAAAGACAGACAAAAUAUGCAGUAUUUUUUUCUCCCUGUAACUUUUCAUCUUUCCACCUGGCUUCUAUUUGCUGCAGUAGAUUAUUUGUUUUAUUGGUUAAUUACUUCUGUGAAUAAAUAUCUUCAAGAAGUACCAGAUCUGGAGAUUCAACUCAGACUCUCUCAGCAAAGGAAUGACAAAAGCUUUAUCAUUCCUAUGGGAGAGCGUAUUGAAAAGACUGACCCUUUCAAGAUCACUUUGUUUAAGCACGACUGCAUCCCGCAGCCAGAGCUUGCUCCCUCCACAACGUGGAUCCAGCUUGGAGUCAUCAUCUUCUUCUUAAUCGUUUUUGGGAUAUUCUCUGGGCUCCUGACUCAACUUAAAAUAUUCGUGUUAACUUCAUUUUAUCCUGACACUGAGAUGAAACGGAUACAUUAUUUACAUGCAAAAUUACUCAAGAAAAGAUCAAAGUUACAAGAGAAAACUGGAAAGAAUGUGUUUGCUAGAACGGUCAACUUUUGGUUUCCAAUACUCAAGGUGAGAAAGGCAGUAAGGAAGAAAGGAUGGACUGUGGCAAAUGACAACACUGUGUGA